AUGGGUCUCUUUGGUGGCAGCAGCUCUGGCAGUGCUUCUGCGGCAUCGUCGCCCCAACUGGAAGCGGCUACGGCUGAGCUCGAUAUGAUUACGGACGUGUUCAACCGCCUUGUCGAAUCGUGUCACGCCAAGUGCAUCAGCCCACGCUACGCUGAGGCCGAUCUCAACAAGGGCGAGAGCGUAUGCGUUGAUCGCUGCGUGAGCAAGUUCUUUGCCGUCAACGCCAAGGUCGGCGAGCAGAUGCAGGCAUUGGGACAAGCUGCCAGCGCCGCCGGUGGCAGAAUGAUGGGCUAA